UUUUAUAUUCAAAGAGAGUUGUUGAAAUUUGUAGAACUAAAAACAAGCGAACAAAUCGAGACCCAUAGAGUUCGGUACUCUGCAAGAUAGAUAUGGCUGCGAGACUUAUGCAAGCUGUUCAGUACACUUCCUAUGGCGGAGGACCCUCCGGUUUGAAGCAUGUUGAAAUUCCUGUUCCAACUCCAAAAACCAAUGAAGUUUUGCUCAAAUUGGAAGCAGCUAGCAUUAAUCCAGUUGACUGGAAGAUUCAGAAGGGUGAUCUUCGGGUUAUGUUCUUGCCUCGAAAAUUUCCCCAUACACCUUGUACUGAUGUAGCAGGAGAGGUAGUAGAGAUUGGACCCCAAGUCAAGGAUUUUAAAGCUGGUGAUAAAGUUAUUGCUAAGCUCACGCAUCAAUAUGGAGGGGGACUAGCUGAGUUUGCAGUGGCAAGCGAGAGCUUAACAGCUGCCAGACCAUCUGAAGUGUCAGCCGCUGAAGCUGCGGGUUUACCCAUAGCCGGUCUCACAGCUCGUGACGCACUCAUCGAAAUUGGAGGAAUUAAGCUUGACGGAACAGGCGAGCAGAAGAACGUUUUGGUAACUGCUGCUUCCGGUGGUGUAGGUGCAUACGCUGUUCAACUUGCCAAACUAGGGAACAACCAUGUGACAGCCACUUGUGGUGCUCGCAACAUCGACUUUGUCAAAAGCUUAGGCGCUGAUGAAGUUCUCGACUACAAGACUCCAGAAGGAGUAGCACUGAAGAGUCCAUCUGGUAAGAAAUAUGAUGCAGUGAUACAUUGCACCACUGGAAUACCAUGGUCAACUUUUGAUCCUAAUUUGGCUGAAAAAGGGGUUGUAGUGGAUUUAACACCUGGCCCGAGUUCAAUUGCAACUUUUGCUCUGAAGAAACUUACUUUUUCGAAGAAGCGGUUGGUGCCGUUUAUUGUAAAUGUCAAGCGCGAGGGCAUGGAACAUCUUGCUCAGUUAGUGAAGGAUGGAAAACUGAAGACAAUUAUUGACUCUAAAUUUCCUUUGAGCAAAGCUGAAGAUGCUUGGGCUAAGAGCAUUGAUGGCCAUGCUACUGGAAAAAUCAUUGUGGAACUAUAGGCACUGUUUACUUGCUGAUUGUAUUUGUUCCUUCUACUUUUCUGCUAAACGUUUGUAUGUGUUUAUAUAGAAAUAGAAAUGAAUGAAUAACCUUAAAUUCAGAUAUGUAAUAAGUCUCUUUUGCUGGUUUGUAUGUGAUAUACUGAUACAGAAUGGUUUUCUUCUUUGAUUUGCGAUUUUGAAAUAAAUGACUUAUUUGAUAUAGAA